AUGAUCAUCUCGAAGCAGAACCGCCGUCUCAUUUACGAGCAGCUCUUCAAGGAGGGUGUCAUGGUCGCCCCCAAGGAGUUCAACCGCCCCUCGCACCCCGACCUCACCACCGUCCCCAACCUCGAGGUCAUCAAGGCUAUGCAGUCGCUUACCUCGAAGGGCUACGUUAAGACCCAGUUCUCGUGGCAGUGGUACUACUACACCCUCACCGACGAGGGUCUCGCUUACCUCCGCGAGUACCUCCACCUUCCUUCGGAGAUCGUCCCCGUCACCCACACCAAGCCCGCCCGCCCUGCUGGCCGCCCCGCCGGCUACGGUGCUGGCCGUGACGGUGCCUACCGUGCCCCCCGCGGUGACCGCGAGGGCUACCGCCGCCGUGACGACAAGGAGGGUGCCGGUGCCGAGUACCGCCCCCGCUUCGGUGGCAACGCCCCUGCUUCUUAA